GAAGGCGGCUCCCCCUCGGCAACUCCGAAGGUGGGAGCCCUAUUCCUCCCUCCCGGCUCCCCUUCUCUCGCCGAGACCUCUCGAGCAUCACCUGCCCGUUUUCCUGGUUACAGCUCUCCUCAUCCUUCCAACUUCGACAGGUGAUCAGAGCAUCGUGGCGGUUUUAGGUUUAUGAUGGAACUUACAUCUUUGCCUAAAUUCCUUUGGACAAAUGACAACAAACUUCUGCAUCAUCAUUUUCCGGACAUAUUGGCUACUGUUCAUACCACACAAGACAUCCCUGAAGAAGUUGUUUUUGGACCAUGCAUGCUCCAGAACACCCUGCUGGAUACUGUAGCUUUUAUUGCUCUCAAGUGUUCUGAUAGACGGAAUACCCACUAUGUAUUUAAGGUAGACGUUACGUCUGUGCACAGUCCCACAGGACUGCCUUGGAUGAGACUUGUACAAGCAGCUGCCAAUAGCAAGGAGCAAAACUUGGAAGCUUACUUAGAAAACAGUCAGUUAUAUUAUCGCUCUACCAGGAAAAUCAACAAAAAUGAGGAGUUGCUUGUCUGGUAUGAUGAGGAGCUUUCCAGCCUCUUGGGUUUUAAUGAGAUAAAAGCUCAGAGUCCCCAGAAUGAGUUGAGAUGCCAAGAAUGCGACCGAGUCUUUAAAAGUGAGCAUUCCUAUCUCUCCCAUGUGCGCUUCCUAUGUGUCCCAGAGAAGAGUGCCCUGCUAUGGAGAAACUUCCAGAAACCUAAGACUGAAAAUAGCAACUUAGCUGAGCAGACCACGAAUUUUCACAGCCUGGCAAGGGAUUUAGAGAUCAAAAUGGCAGCUUGUAAAGAUAAUGCCCAUGGUCUCACAGGAGAAAGGAGAACAAAAUCUGAAGAGCCUGAGAACAACAGAAGCAGGAAAACAGUGUUGUUGGAGAAAACCAAUAAUCUGAGUGAGGAACAUAACUGUGGGGGCAAGGAAGAGGUUGGGGGAGAGCAUGCAUUGGGUGGUUCUUUCUGGAAGCUUAGUUCAGGAAGGCAGUCAGCUAGGAAGGAUGCUUUAGAGCAGAAGCAAAGUGCUUUCACUGAGGUCAGGAGGAUGAAGGAGAAGCUGAGAAAUGAGAGACUGAAGGAGCCAGGACAGGAAGAUACCACUGUUCCACUUGGUAAAGAGCAGAUAUCAAAGGAAGUGCUGCUGAGCUCCUCUGGUAGUGCAUUCUCCUUUGUGUGGCCCACGAGAGCCCGAGGAGAACAGAAGAGUGCUUUUAGCAAACCCAGUAAGUGUCUAACAGAAAGAGCUGCAAUAAAUUCUUCCCAACCCAUGAGUGAGUCACCAAAGAGCCUGGGGGAGCUGUCUAGCUUCAUUGCCACCACAGACAUCAUGUGCUGCAGCACUCUUCUCAAUUCUAAGUUCUUUGUCAGUGAUCUAUGUAAUGCUCAGAUGCUGCAGACAAGCAUUACUCGGAGUAAUGUUUUCCCAUAUACCUCAGAACCGUGGCCCAAACAAGCAGGAGGACAGUUACAAAACACAACCACCACUUCUUCCUCCUCUUCCUUGACUCUUCUUCCUCCCACCUUUACGUCCUUUGGAGUGGCUGCCCAGAACUGGUGUGCCAAAUGCAACCUGUCCUUUCGCAUGACAUCUGAUUUAGUCUUCCACAUGCGGUCACAUCACAAAAAAGAAUACUCCUCAACUGAAUCCCAGUGCAAGAGGAGGCGAGAGGAGAAGCUUACAUGUCCCAUUUGUCAUGAGUACUUCCGAGAACGCCAUCAUUUAUCCCGGCACAUGACUUCUCAUAAUUAGAGCUGUGCAGACAGAUCUCACUGAGGGACUGGGCAGGUUGGGUAAAGAAGGGGAACAUAUUUCACAUGUAUCUAUAUAUUUUUUUUUUUUUUAGUUUACAUUAAUUUCUACCAGGAAAUCACUGUUUACAGUAAUUUAUAAUAGAUGCUUUGCAGAAAAAUAUAAAAUGUUUACAAGAGUCUGAGUGGGUUCUAAGUUUUGAAAACUCAACCUAGCCCUUUUCAAUCUAUUUUUGAGGAAAUAAAAUAGUGAAAUGAAUGCACAUGCAGUAUUAAUUUGCAAAGAGUUGGGACAAAAAUUAUUGUUUUGCAAAUGGAGUUUUCUUUGCUUGUAUUUGGUUUGCUGGUGUCUGUGCAGUACAAUGUAAAUACAAAAGCAACAAACACCUAAUUGAAUGAGGAAUCUUUAAGCACUAAAAAAAUAGAGCUUAUAUGCUAAAAGAAAAGAAGCAACUGUUUCUAGCAGCUUUGGUGGACUCAAUUCUUUAUGUUAGCUGAAUCAGCUCUCUUAUCAGAUUUGCGAGUCUGAGUAAAAAUCUUGUAUCUCAGUGUCUCCUUGGCUUUGAAAGGGACUUGAAGUUAAGACUAUCUGAAAUUUGUGAUUGUCAACUGACCAGUAGACUGUCAAAGAGGAUGUUACUUGUAGAUCAGUAUACCUAAGUUCUGUUCUUUUGCCACUUUUGAAAUAUCUUUUACAAAGACAAAUCAACCUAGAUCUGUAUCAAAACAUGACCCAUUGUCAUCAUUAUUGUGUAGACAGGGAGCACAAAUUCUGCCCUGAUGUGUGCUUGCAAGAUCUGUGUGACAGUAGUAGCUGUACAGAUCUGAUGGGUGUAGAAUUUUGUCUGUAGUAUUUAGGUUUUGGAUAUACUGAAGGAAGCAACUAAGGUAUUUGAGUUACUAUUAGCUACUGAUAGAUAGAAUCUGCACACUUUAAUUGUGGAUCACAGGCUCUGCUCUGCUAACAACUAGAAGAGGAAUGUCCUCCACAAAAUGAUACAGGCACAUGUGAACUGCAUUCCACCAGACCAGCUUGUCUAUCCUCUGGUUUCUACAUGAGCUAAUUCCAGCGUUUUUUAAAAGAAAGUGCCGAAUUAUCUCUAUAGCUUGUCCAUCUGAGAUAUUUUUCUCUUGCCUGCUUUGGUUUGAGCUCUGCUUAGUUGCAGAAGCAGAUGGGUUUAUACUGCUCUGAGUGUAUAGGGGGGAAGCAACAAUCCUGUCUAUUGUUACUGCAAGCUCAUCUGAUCUGCCUUUCAUUACUUUUUAAAUCCUUUUAGGGGAUUGAAUGCUCUUGACAAUUUAUGACAACGUGUUCCUCAAGCAAGCAUUUAUCUCUCUCACAUAGUAUUUUUUCAGAUUGAUGUUUUUGUGGCCUGUCUCUGAGCCUUAUCUGCUAUUGCUCUUUUAGAUAGAGAAUGAUCAGAAACCAUUCAUUUCUCAGACAAGAGUAAAUGACAUUGCAGUAUGCUCCUUAUUAUUUUCCACCAUACUGAUGAAAUAGUUCAGUGUUUGUCUACUGCACACUGGACAGAAUUUUUCUUUGAGUUCCCAUGAUGAUGCCUAGGCUGAUAAUGCAAAUAUUAGCAAGUAAACACAUCUGAGUGAUAAAAGACAGACUGAGAGUUUUAGGCUGUCAGUUGGGAUCAACUUACGACACUCAUUGUCAUCUCUUGGGAGAUUUCUAUAAGAAGACUGUAUUCUUCCCAGUAUAUUGCCGUUGAACGUUAAUACAUGGCAGUUUCCUAUUAACAUAAACAUUUGGCUUAUUGCAGGCCAACCACCGACUGUGCACCCCAGCUUUAUUUUCCCAACAUAAAGUGAUUAAACUCUUACAUUAUGCCUUUGAGUUCAGAAGACAUAAAUUGAGACUGGAGGUCUAGUUGGAUUGUAACACAGCAUUCCAAGGUCAGUGAUGGAAGGGCUUUCACUGGAGUCAUUAAAACCCAAAAUGAACAAAAGCUUUGAAACAUGGAGCAGAGGGAACAACCUUGCAUUGAGUAGGGGAUGAUGUGGUUUCCUUCUAAUCUUUCCAUCUCUAUUUUGUGUCCAAUAACAUUUACUGUGUAGGAAUAUAUUUAUGGCAAAGUUUAAUGGGCCAAAUUUCACUCCAUCUGGUUUUAUCUGGGUGCCAGCCAGUUUACUGUGAAGUCACUGUCCAUAAAGUGUAAUGAAGGUGUAACUGCAUUCAUAUGUGGUUAGGGUUAUAGUUCCCAUUAGUAGUUUAGGCCAGAUUGUGAUCUCAUUUAUUCCAGUGCAAAUCCAGAAUAAUUCCAUGUUGCUACUCCUGAUUUACAUCAAUUACUUUAAGAUCAGCCUGGCCCAGUAUAAACAAGACUAAAGAUUUUUUGGUACCAUUACUGCAAAAUGUUCUCUUCUGUACUUACUGAGAGAUGCCAUGUUUUCUUAACAGUUUUAUGGUUAGAGACCUAGCUUCAGAUUUCUUCUGGAAAAAGACAAGACCAGCUGUGUAAUGCUCCCUAGUAUUACGUUGGCGCAGCACUUCAACAUUAGUCUGCUCCAAGGGCCUAUUUUUCCAGUGUCCUACACCUGGCAUAUCAUUUAGAUCAGAAUGAAGCAAUACCAAAUCUAACUGGUUACAUGUUUCACUAAUUUUGUGUUGGUCUAAGUGAUCUUGAGAAAGUGUGGAAAAUCAGCCACUGAUAAACAGCUGCUGAAUCUCAAAACCUCUUCCAAUGGUGUGUUAGGUCUACAUACCUAGAGGUCUCACCAAUAAUUAAGCUUCUUCACUCUGCUUAUGGUAUGAUACUUAAGCAAGCAGCAAGACUAGAGAAUGUAUAUAUGUAUACAUUCUAUAUGUAAUUAAGUUGUUUUCUUUUGGGGGAGAAUUAAAGGUAAGAACUCUUACCCAGUUUCUUUGUGGACAUAUCUCAGUCACAGCAACUUACAUACUGUGAUGACAAGCAAUGUUUAAAUGCCUUCUGUGCACAGAAAAGCAAGAGAACCAGUUAUGAAAAGUGGCAGAGCUGACUCAAAAUGUAAAAAUGAAGAGCAGAGGGUUUUAAUCAGCUUUAUUUCUGGUACUGUCCUCACCUCCCCCAGCUGCAGGGGCUGUGCAGUUUGGUCCUAGCAUGUAAAGGCUGGGGAUUUUUCUCUUGCAACAUGGAAAUCACACUGCAGGUAAAUGUGUGCAAUACUGCCCUUGUUCCUUUAUAAGUGGCCACUGGCAUAAAAAUUGAGUGAACAAAUUGCUUCUUAUACUCAACUGAAGUGUUUUGUGAACUAAGACCUGUUUACACACACAACUAACCAAUAUGACAUCUUGUUGCCUGCUACACCUGUGCUGACAUCAGAGCAAAACAACAUAGAUGCCAACAGAACCAGAACUUGACUCCUUAUGUGUAAAACGAACUCUUGUGUAAAGCCCCUUGUGCAGGCAGAGGGAAUGUCUUUUAUGUGUCUCAAGUUUAACUGAGUGUCUCAUCUAAGCUGGGUUACAUAAACCAGGGGGCUUAUCCAAAAUUUCUGCAGAUUUUAUUUCUUGAAACGAAAAUAUUCAUAUUAAAGCUGAGUGAACCAAAUAUUGCACAGGCAGAAGGAAGCCUAACGAGACAAAGAAAAACAAACUUCCUAUAAUUGAGUCAGGCUGGUAGCUUUUUUCCCCUUAUGUCUAGAAGUCUGAACGUUUAAACUAGUGCAGAUGAAAGGAAAUCCUGCUGGAGGAAAAGCAUUCCACUAGAGCAGGGCGUUCAUGAAGAAAUGAAGGGACUUAAGGAAUUCAUGAAGGACUGCAUUCUGUCCCAGUCCAAUACUGUGAUUUUACAUCAGGGAUCUGUGUCUUUUCUACAAGUAGAAACAAUUGGGAGAAAAAAUAUAGGAUUUUGUUUUUUAAAACAGGAGGAGACAAUUUGAAGUCAUCUGACUGGUUCUUUUCCUGUUUGUUAGCAACUGCCAGUGUCAUUUUGAUCAAACCACUGUUUCUCACAUCUGUUUCUGGAUCAGUGAAAAGGAACAUAACACAAUGCUGUCACGUUGAGUUGUUCAGGGGGUUGUGAGUUUACUGGUAGGGAAUGCCAGAUUAGGAUAUUUGUUCCCUCAUUGAUCCCUGAUUUUUUUCCAAUGAAGAUGUGUUUCUCCAUCAAUAUGGCACUCAGAUAUGCUUUUGAAGAAUAUAUAUUUACUUGCUUUUUGAGGGGAGGGGUGUAAUUUUUCACUAAUCAAAGCAGUCUGUGGGCUCCCAUUGGUCUACAGGGCACAGUGUGAAAAUCACUGGACUAAGGGAGCUUCUGUAGUAUGAUCAAGGAAGACUCUCCAGAGAGCAAGACCACAUUUUAAUGGAAAAAAUGAAUACACUGGCUGCCAUUUCUUGGUCAGAGUUCUAUGAAUGCUAAAAGAAGAAAGAUCAUACUGCUAGGAGGUCUGAUACACCAACUCCCUUUUUCCUGCCUUUAAAAGGAACAUGAUUAGGAUUAAACUUUAGGAAGCUAUUCUAGGUGGAUGGUAAGGAAAUGGUGCUAUGAACUGUUCAAUGACCAUGUCAGCUAUGGAACCAGAAGAGGGAAGGGUGGCAGUUCCAGUGUAUUCCCUGGUGCUCCAUGGAAGGGCACUUCCAAAAUUGCUUGUCCCUAAGAAAACUUCUUCUAACUUUUUCAUUUAAAUCACAAGCCAUGGGUUUUCCAUAACUAAUUUUCAUUCAUAGUUUUGUGAUGUUCAACUCUUUCAAUGCUGUGUCAUUUUGUAUACAAUUACUGUCUGUAGUUUUGUGAGCUCUGUUGAGCACACUGUGCUGUGGUCAUAGUUUGGUUUGAGCUCACAGAUUUAGUGGUCACUAGAAACAUCAAAACUGGCAGGUGGAGCCAAACCUGGGGGACAUGCCUACAAAGUGGGAUAUACAACUCAGGAUCUAUGUCUUUCUUGACACUGUAGAAGAAGGUGGCAGACCCAUGCCAAAAACAUCUGUGGGGAAAAAAAUUAAGUUCUUGACUGCAUAGAUGAUAGAGAUCUGCUUUAUUUCUGAAAGUAUGAGUUUAGGUUUCAGGGAAAGUUCUGUUACCUAUCAUAAUUCCAGGUGUUCUAGAAGUGUUUGGUACCUCUAAACAGUACAAUCUCACUAGGUUCAGUGCCACGUUUCUCAGUGAGUCCUGCAGACUCUGUUUUCACAUGUAUUUCAUUUUUGUCAGUUCUGAAUUUACCUCCUUUCAACUUCACCGUAUUAAAGUGAGAUAGGAUAUAGUUCAUCUAUCCAGCUUGUUACCUCUCUACUCUGAGAGAAGAAAGACAGCCUUUUCAGUGUCUUCAAACAAGAUGUUUCCUGUGAUCCUACCUUGAGCAAAAAGUACAAUCUAACACAAUUUACACUACACCAUGUCCAGGUUCUAAGCUCAUUGAGAUGGGUAUAAAUAUGAUGUAGCACUUUGUGAAGACAGGAAAAAAUAUUUUUUUAACACAUUGGCCUUUGUUAAGCCUGAUAGUUUCAAUGACAAUUAGCUAGUAGAUGACCUAUGAAAUAGUUAAUAAUAUUUUGUUAACUAAUAAAACUUGUCAAAGUUUCACAUUAAUUUUCCAGUGAAAUUGAUCACUUCAGUGAACUAACAGCACUAUUGAUUUCAAAUGGACUCACCAGCAAAUGCAUCUUCUUUGUUUGUUUUCCCAACUGGAUUCCAAUUUCUAGACUUAUUUAUUAUUCAUAAGUACUUACCAUAUUACUACAGGAAGAAAUUAUUUGCUCUUUGUGCCCCUAUGGUAUAGUUUUUUGUCCUUGAAUGGAUGGCUAAAUGUUGGGUUUAACAGCUACUAUUGUUUGUACAUGAUAGCACAACUGAUUGUGUUUAGGAAAACAAAGCAGUAUAUCUGGAUCAUUUAGAUAUUAAAGAGGCUUAAAAGACAUUAGAAGAAAUGCAUUAUUGUUGUUUACUCAUUCAUUGACUACUCCAGUGUUUUCCAUAUUAAGAAACUUUAAUAUUUUUCAUACACAUAUCAUUUUACACAAAAUUCUGUAUGAGUUUUAAUUAAUUUAAAUAUCUUCCACAACACUGAUAAGUUCAACAACUAGCUAGUGAAUAAAAAUCAGAACACAAAAAUGACUCAAAAGAGUCCAGGUUAGCAAUUGUACUGAGUGUAGUUGGUAUGACAAACAAGUAGUAAAAAAGAUGGAAAGUCUAUUUGGUUGUUAAAAUUAUUUUCCUGUAAAUACUGAAAGAGAUUGUCUGCAGUCAGAUGUUUAAACACAAUUCAU